AGCUCGUGUGGCAUAGAAAUCGCUACGCGGAGUUUUUCAAAGUAUCCAAGCGGAGUGUUCAGGCAGUUGCUAAAAAGGUCUCGUCCCGUGUGGUUGCUGCUCAUCGUUGCCACUCUUCCACCAAGAGAGUUUCCAGAAGAAAAAUUUUACAACAAGUUGAAGAGCGCGAAAAUUGCGAGAGACGGUUGGCUGAUCCACACGCAUUUUUUUUCCAAAGCGCGGGGUGGUUCAAGUGAAAUCAAUUAAGUGUCUCAAGUUACAAAAUCAACGGAAAAGUCGGGAAAAAGGUCAACCAUGAGCGUCUCUUGGGGCUACACCGAAACUAAUGGUCCCGAGAAGUGGCCAGAGUGGUUCCCAUCGGCAUCUGGGCAUCGUCAAUCACCCAUCAACAUCACCACGGCGGCAAGUAAGCAGGAUGGUGAUCUCAAGUCCCAACCACUGCGCUGGAAGUAUGUUCCGGAGAAUACGCGGAGUCUCGUGAAUCCUGGCUAUUGCUGGCGUGUGGAUGUCAAUGGGAAGGGUUCAGAACUAACCGGGGGUCCCCUGGGGAGCGAUAAGUACGUCCUGGAGCAAUUUCACUGCCACUGGGGUUGCUCCGAUAACAAAGGGUCUGAGCACACCGUUGAUGGGCUCUCGUAUGCUGGAGAAUUGCAUCUUGUGCACUGGAAUCAAACCAAGUAUCCCUCAUUCGAUGAGGCUGCUCGUCAACCCGAUGGCCUAGCUGUCCUGGCAGUAUUUCUCAAACGCGGAAAGCACCACUCGAACCUGGACAAGAUCGUGCAGUUGAUGCCCUUUAUCACUCACAAAGGCGAUAGAGUAACUCUUCCCACUCCCCUGGAUCCAGGAACCUUCCUGCCAGCCACAUCUCCUGGCUACUGGACCUACCUGGGCUCCUUGACGACUCCUCCAUGCUCUGAGUCGGUCAUCUGGAUCGUCUUCAAGGAACCCAUUGAGGUGUCUGAGGAUCAACUCAAUGCCUUCCGCAAGCUACGUUGUCACGACGUUUGCGAAGAUACAGCAACCUCCUUCACGAAUGGCCUGGUUAUCAACAACUACCGUCCACCACUACCCAUGGGGAACCGUGAGCUCCGCGAAGUUGGACGCCACUAAAAAAAUAAAUACAAAAUGUAAAAAAAAAGCUCCUGAUGAUGCUCAGAGCCAUAGGAAGUGCUUUCUCGAAAUUUUUAUUCAUAAAUUGACUCAGCUGGGGCUGAAAUUGUGUGCGUGCACAGAUCGAGAGCCUUUUUAGAAGUGCCUAAAAAAUUAGCAUUAUUUUUUCUACAUAGAAUUUUAUCCACAAAACUUUGUGAGAGUAUAGAUUGACGGAUGCUGUUGCAUUCGUUUUUUAUUGUAUUUUUUUUCGCUAUUAUAUUGCAACAAAUGUAUACUAAAAAAAAAAAAAACAGAAGCUGUGUUCUUUUGAAGAAUUUCAAACAGCUGCAAAAUAUGGUGUAGGUCGUCAAUUUGGGAUUCAACUAACCACCUAAAAAAUUUAUGAAUGUGUGUAAAAAUAAAAGAAAGUUUGAAGUAGAAAUUAAAGCUGUGAUCUAACAAAA